CAAACGCUGCGCGGUCGUUAACCAAGGCACGCAACUGUAUUGGUGUCAUCCGUCAAGCUCGUUCGCCACGCGCGCUCUCGUUCAUCGCCGUUUCAUUCACAAAGGUGCACUUGUCAAAAUCGGUCCACGUUGCUGUGUUGUUUCCCGCGAAUCUCAUUCAUAAAUAGAACCAGUGAAAAUGUCCGUAUUUUGGUGUGGCUUCCACUACGCUACGCUGCAGGUGAACGGCCAGCGAUUCAUCGGUCCGCCGGAGCUCGUCCCGGAACCGUCCUACCGGUUCGAGCUGUUUGUGAAAAACUUGCCGCGGCACCUUUUCGAAAGGGACCUGGUUCCGCUGUUUAGCAGUGCCGGCUUCGUUUACCAGAUCCGGCUGCUAAUGUGCUUCACCGGGUUGAACCGCGGAAUCGCCUACGUCCGGUACACGAACGAGCAGGACUUCCAGCGGGCCGUCACGAUCUUCCACGAGUUGCAGUUGACGCCGCGGUUCCUGCUGUACGCAUGCCGGAGCCUGAACCUGAGCAAGCUGGUCAUGCUCGACAUCGAUCCGACCAUCGACAACUUUAUCAUCCGGGAGGUGAUUCGCGAAGUUUGCGGCGGAGAAUGCGUGUUCUUCGGGAUCCGGAACUGCAAGGAGGGCAAAAAGUUCGUCAUCAUCCAGUUCAAGUGCCACUACGAGACGGCCCUGUCCCGGCGCAAGCUGAUUCCGGUGUGUGCCCGGUUCGGAGAAACGUGCUACCUGAAGUGGUACGCGAAGCGCUAGGCGGCCGGAACGAGCCCCCCGGAUGCCGGAUAGGAAGCGCAGAUGAACUCGAAAAGAACUGGCACGUAAUUGUAUAAAGCUGACCCCUUUUGUAUCGUUUUGGUGUUAUUUUAAGUUGAAACGUUUUCUUUGUCGCGUUUUAGUUUUUUGGGUUCAGUUCUCUUUUUUCUUUACCUUUUGAUGUUAUUCUAAGUUUAAACUACUUGGUAUUAUUUAUUUAUAUAUUUAUUACAAAACAUGGAUCAAAUUGACACUGUAUG